AUGUCACAGGUAUCCCUUUGUGUUAUCGUGUUCUCAGGUAGUCUCCGAUGGCAAAUGGUUAACAAACAGUUGAAAGAAACAGGCUCUGAUGGGCGAAUCACCUGUCCAAAAAAUUGUGGCAGUCACUAUAAAAGUAAAAGUGGUUUGUACAAUCAUCUCAAAUAUGAGUGCGGCAUCGAUCCGCAGUUCAAGUGCAAUUAUUGUGGAAAAAGCUUUGCUCGUCAUAGUAAUAUGCGAAGACACAUGCUUGUCCACCUACCAGGUUCUGUGAAAAAGGAGGCUGAAGAUGAUAAUUGCAAUCCUUUAUGGUUUUACAACACUGACUCUCAAUAA